AGGAAACUCCCAGUUCCUCCCAAACCAGAUUUAAUUCUUUGUGGAGUAUACUUUCUGGGUGGGUGGAUGGACAAGCAAAUGGACAAAGUCCUAAGGUUCCUUACAUAGCUUUUUAUAACAUUCUGCUGGACUGGAAAGAGUAAAAAAAAUUAGGGAAAUCAUGCAGAGCAGGGCUUCUGGAAUUUUUUUAACUCCUUAAAAAUAGCUCUGCUUAAAGUGAGGGAAGGAAGAAAAAGGAGGAUAACAAUGGAAUCACUGGUAACAUUCCAAGCCAGUGGUGGGUUGCCACCGGUUCACACCGGUUCUAUAGAACUGGUAGUAAAACCGGCAGGAGGCUCCGCCCACUGACCCUGACAUCAUCAAAACGCUUCUGCGCAUGCAGCCCCAUUGCGAACCGGUAGUAAAGGGACUAUUAGCAGAAGAUGUACAAUGAAGUCCAUCAUCAAUUUCUUGUUACUGAUUAGUCUUCAAGUCUGUUGCCAUCAAUUUCCAGAAUAUCCUGAUCACGACCAUGUUCAUAAAGAUAAAAAUCUACACAGACAUCACGAACUUCCUUUGGCAGAAGAAGGGGAGAAAUACCUAAACUAUCAUAAGAUAGUUUCCAGUAAUUCUGAAUUUGCAUUCAGAUUCUACCAAGAAAUUGCUUCAGAUGCAGCUGACAAAAAUAUUUUCUUCUCUCCCUUCAGCAUCUUGACAGCUUUUGCACUGUUGACAUUAGGUGCCAAAUCAGAAACCAAGAAUCAGAUUCACAAAACACUUGCUUUUAAUCUCUCAGACAUUGAAGAGAGAGAGAUACAUGAAGGAUUCCAACAGCUCAUCCAUGGACUUAGCCAUACGAGCCAUAAAGUCCAGCUGAACAUAGGCAAUGUCCUGUUCAUUGAAGAAUCCUUGAAAUUAUUGGCUACAUUUUUGGAAGAUGCCAAAACCUUUUAUAAAGCUGAGGGAUUCUCUACCAAUUUCAGUGUUCCCAGACUGGUUAAAAAGCAGAUCAAUGACUAUGUGAGAAACAAAACUCAUGGGAAAAUACCUCAUGCCGUUGAACAUCUAGAGCCAGGUACUGUGAUGGUCCUUGUGAAUUACAUCUUCUUCAAAGCUUCCUGGGAAAAACCUUUUGACACUCGUUUGACCAGAAAAAAAGACUUCUUUGUAGAUGCAAACACAACAGUGCAGAUUGAUUUGAUGAGACACUUAGACUACUAUAACAUUUUCCGUGAUGAAGAUCUUUCUUGCUGGGUGGUAGAAAUUCCUUAUAAAGGAGAUGUUACGUCAUUGUUUAUUCUACCGGAUAAAGGGAAGUUAGAACAGGUGGAGGCAGCUUUGGUGACAGAAACCCUGUCAAAAUGGACCACCUCCUUGACGUAUAAAAAUAUAAAUCUGCACAUUCCUAAAUUUACCAUUUCUACAUCUUACAACGUCAAAGACUUGUUACAAAGAAUGGGAAUGACGGCUAUCUUCAACGACACUAGUGACUUAUCUGGAAUCACUGGAGAAUGCAAUCUGAAGGUUUCAAAAGCCAUUCAUAAAACUAUGCUGAACAUUCAUGAGAGUGGUACGGAGGCAGCAGCUGUCACUGUUAUACAAUUUAUGCUACGUUCUGCUAAAAUGAAAUCUUCACUUUUUAUCACAUUUGACAGACCUUUCCUGAUAAUAGGUAUGGCUAAGCCAACGGGCAGCAUCAUUUUUCUAGGGAGAAUUAUGAAUCCGGCUGAACAAUAAAUAUUAGAAUAUGCCAUUCUGUUCAGGUAAUGAUAAAAAUACCUCCCUAAAGCAAUUGGCUAGGUCUAGACUAACAGAAGAGAAUCUGCAAUUGCAUUAUAAUUGAUUGAAGCCAAUUUUUUGUGAGAGAAAUAAGAAAACAUCUUCAAAAUAUUUUUACAAUAAAAUUCUUGUUAAAAUCUGUUAUCUUGUAGGUUAACCUUCUGUAUUACCAUUUGAAAAUCUGAAGCUAAUUUCUACUGUUGGGAAAGAGCAAUUCUAAUUGCCACAUCUCAGUACAAUAUUCCCGUUAGGAAAUGUUUGGCGGGGGGGGGGGGGAACAAGCAUUGGACAAUUCUUCCAUGAGCCUUUUUUUUUUUAAUUUGAUUUAUAUGCCGCCCUUCUCCGGAGACUCAGGGUGGUUUACAAUGCGUUAAGCAAUAGCCUUCAUACUUUUGUGUAUUUUAUACAAAGUCAGCUUAUUGCCCCCACAAUCUGGGUCCUCAUUUUACCUACCUUAGAAAGGAUGGAAGGCUGAGUCAACCUUGAGCCUGGUGAGAUUUGAACUUGCAGUAAUUGCAGGCAGCUGAUGUUAAUAACAGUGCUUUAGUCUGCUGCGCUACCAGGGCUCUAAGCACAUACUUUAAGCACAUACAGGUAUAUGAAAUAUGACAGACGUGUAUACAUUGUACAUAAUAUGGAAAUAAAUACAUUUUUGGCUUAA